UUCCGGCGCGGCGGCGACAGCGCGCCCCCGGUGGAUCGGCGGCGGGGCGAGGGGGACCGCUCGGGCGGGCUGGCGGUGGGGCGAGUGGCGGGCGGCCUGCCCCCGGCCCGCCCGCCCUGGUGACCUUCAGGGACCGGGCGGCGGGCGCAGGCCCCAGGCCCGGGCGAAGGCGGCGGCGGCGGCGAGAUGUUCGUGCAGGAGGAGAAGAUCUUUGCGGGCAAGGUGCUGCGGCUGCACGUCUGCGCGUCCGAUGGCGCCGAGUGGCUGGAGGAGGCGACCGAGGACACCUCGGUGGAGAAGCUCAAGGAGCGCUGCCUCAAGCACUGUGCGCCUGGGAGCUUAGAAGACCCCAAAAAUGUGACCCAUCACAAAUUAAUACACGCUGCGUCUGAGAGGGUGCUGAGUGACGCCAAGACCCUCCUGGAGGAGCACGUCCAGGACGAGGAUGUGAUACUGUUGAUCCGAAAGCGCGCUCCAGCCCCCCUCCCAAAGAUGGCCGAAGUCUCUGCAGAAGAACAGAAGAAACAAGAGCAGAAAGCCCCGGACAGAGACGCUAUCUUCCGAGCCACCGCCAGCCUGCCCUCCCACAACAUGGACCGGGCCGUGGUGCAGACCAGCGCGAGGGACUUCCAGACGGAGCUCCGGAAAAUCCUGGUGUCUCUCAUCGAGGUGGCUCAGAAGUUGCUGGCGCUGAACCCGGAUGCCGUGGAGUUAUUUAGGAAGGCAAACGCCAUGCUGGACGAGGAUGAGGACGAGCGCGUGGAUGAGGCAGCCCUGCGGCAGCUCACGGAGAUGGGCUUCCCGGAGACCAGGGCGGCCAAGGCCCUGCGGCUGAACCACAUGUCGGUGCCCCAGGCCAUGGAGUGGCUCAUCGAGCACGCGGAUGACCCCACCAUCGACACUCCACUCCCAGGCCCAUCCUCGCAGGGAGAGGCGGGCGCCGAGGCCGCCCCUGCCGCCGGGACCAGUGAGGAGGAGGAGGAGGCCAGAGAUGAGCUGACGGAGAUCUUCAAGAAGAUCCGGAGGAAAAGGGAGUUUCGUGCGGAUGCCCGGGCUGUCAUUUCCCUGAUGGAGAUGGGCUUCGACGAGAAGGAAGUGAUUGACGCCCUCAGAGUGAGCAACAACCAGCAGAACGCUGCCUGCGAAUGGCUGCUGGGCGACCGCAGGCCCUCUCCUGAGGAGCUGGACAAGGGCAUCGACCCCGAGAGCCCCCUGUUUCAGGCCAUCCUGGACAACCCCGUGGUGCAGCUGGGCCUGACCAACCCGAAGACCUUACUAGGGCUCUGGUGGCUGGGACCCGGGUGUGACAGCCUCCUGUGCGGUGACUCCAUUCCAGCUCUGAGAAACCAGCUCCAGCAGGUGAUCCGGUUGGGAGAGCGUAGACAGCACCCAGCAGGUCAGGGCCGUGCCCAGAAGAGGCUUCGUUAGCUGGUGGCUCUUAGUCUCUCAUUUGAAGACAUGCUCGAGAACCCGCUGAACAGCACCCAGUGGAUGAAUGACCCUGAGACGGGCCCGGUCAUGCUGCAGAUCUCCAGAAUCUUCCAGACCCUGAACCGCACAUAGGCCAUGCACUGCAGCCGCCAGGCCCGGAGGGCCUCUUCUUCCCAGCCCGGGGGGUGGGAGAGCGUGCAGACCCCGGGUGCCCCGGGCUGCGGGCGGGGAGCAGGUGGGCUGGAGGGGACCCUCCCCUGGGUGUCGGGCGCCAGGGCCGCACUCCCGCUGGGAUCUUCCUGUGAAAAACCUCGGGCGGCAGGGUGCUCGGUCGGCCUCCAGCCUCUGACAGUGUUUACAGGCAAGGCCGCCACCCUGGGAAGGGGUCGCCUCCGUCCAGCGUCCCCUGGGCUCUUGAACCGCUACUUGAAUUAACCACAGGGGCUGCUUGUAGAGUCCACUUGUUAUUUGAAACAAGGCAUGUUUCAAUCCAAAGUGUUAUCGUCAAAGGUACUAACUUGAGUAGAAGCAUUCACAGAUGACUUCUCUUUAAUAAAUAAAUUCCCCUUUUCCAA